AUGGUUAUCAUCUCGAUGCAGUCUGCGUAUGAAUUUUCAAAUUUUGAUAUAAGUAUAUCUAGGGAUGGCAGUGGUCGGAUGGCAGUGUCCUCAUCUUCAGACAGCCUUUUUGAGUUUUCACGAAGGCCUCCUCCUGUUACUUAUAGACGACGUUUAUUCCGUGCUUUUGAUAGUGGAACAAUUGCUCUGGACUGGCUAACUUAUUUGGAUGUUGUGGAGGGUCCCUCUGGCAUAAUUGAUGGUUCUGCUGUUCGUAAAGGUGAUAAAACUCCGAUUGUCAUUGUCAUUCCUGGCUUGACCAGCGAUUCUACUGCUGCAUAUGUGAAGCAUCGUGCAUUCAACAUGGCAAGACAGGGUUGGAGUGUUGUUGUAUGCAAUCAUCGUGGUCUAGGAGGUGUAUCUCUAACUUCUGAUUGCUGUUAUAAUGCUGGAUGGACUGAAGAUGUACGGAAAAUCAUUGACCAUAUACGCUGUGUGUCGUAA